UGUUAAAAAUCACGAACUGAAAGAAGUGGCAUAUUUGCGAGUUUUUUUUUACUUCCUCUUGCAUUUCAUACUUAACGAAUCUGAUUUCGAAUUGUGCAUCAACAGCUGCACUUAAUAUUAAAGUACUUUCCUGGCUGUAGGCUGACUAUCCAGUACGCUUUACCGUCCUUGUUCCCUACACAAUGUCGCAACAGAGCAGUUCUACAGAUCCCCUGCCUCAUGGUUGUCCCGCUAACACCGUGGAAUUUCUGCGCGGACUGCGUGAUCUGCAGUCACAUUAUCUCAGCUCAUUAUCCGUUCAUUCCCCAUGAAUGAUGCUGUUUUUGUGUGGACGUAGCCUUUUUCACCUGUUUCCCAGUAUGAUCAGUCUUGUUCCGUUUUGCAGAUUGGUAGCGUACGCUUACACGAUGGAUCUGCACCUUAACGACGACAACGUUGAGCCCAUCUUGAUUGGGGCGCAGUUUCUACAGAUGUCUCCCGUGGCCAGCAUGUGCUGGGAGUACGUGGAGAAGCGCCUGUGCCUGUCCAACUGCCUAGCCGUCCACGCUCUGGCUUCUCAACACCACAAUCCGCUUCUGGGCGACGCAGCGCUGAGCUUGAUCAAUCCGCACUUCCUGUGUUUGGCGCAGAGCCAGGAAUUUCUGCAGAUGGACGCGCAACAGCUGGUUGUACUGAUCGCAUCGGAUGAAGUGGAGGUGUUCAGUGAAGAUCAAGUGUUGGAGGCUGUGCUGCGCUGGCUAAAUUACGACCGUCCCGGACGACUAGCGCACGAGCCCGCUGUCCUGCAGAACGUCCGCGCUUCCUGUCUGAGCGCCGAUUCUCGGCAGGUGUACUCGGCGACACUUAUCAGUGCGGGGGCGCCGUGCGAGUCCGCAGUGGUGGACUUGAAAUCCCCGCCGCCAAAAAGCAGAAAACUGCACCACGCCAUUCAUGCGGGGCGCAUGACGUGAUCGUCUGCGUGGGAGGACACGAUUCGGAUGAAAGUGCCGUGGAGAUUUUCAUUCCAUCGCUGCCGGCCGUAUGGCGCCUGGAAGAGCUGCCCUUUCUCGAUGAUUGUUGCCGCGCAGUGCUGCUGGACGCCAGUACGAUUUUCAUUUCCCACCCUGAAGGACCCCAUAUCGUUAAGCGCGACAGCUACUACAUGGGCCUUCGUAACGAGUGCCGCAAGGUGGCCCCAAUGCUGACGCCGCGCAGACUGGAGGGCCUUGUCGCGCUAAAUGGGCGCGUUUACGCCGCCGGUGGCUACAGUACUAGAGGCCCACAGCCUCCACUUCCACUGACAUCCAUGGAAGCGUACAAUCCUGAGAGCAAUUCCUGGAGUGCAGUCGCCCCGCUGCCCGUUGAUCUAGUCAGGCCGGUGAUGGUGGCUUGUGAUGGUCGAUUGUGUGUGUUCGGCGGGGUCAGCGCAGGGCGCCGUAGCAAGUGUGCUUUCUCAUACGACCCCGCUGCCGAUACGUGGACCAGACUGUCCGACAUGCCGACCGCGUGCAGCGACUGCGUUGGCUGUGUGGCGCCCAGCGGAUUAAUCUUUGUUAUCGGUGGUGAAGCGGAUGAGGGUUACUGUAGGCGCGUGGAUGCGUACGAUUGUGCCGCCGAUCAGUGGGUAAGGAAAGCUGAUCUGGUCCGAUACCGCUCGUAUCCCGGAUGCGCUUGGUUGGAUGGGAAAGGCUAUGCUCUUGGAGGGGAUGCACAGUGGGAAGGGGACGGUGACAGCAGCAUCGAGGUGUACGACGAAGAGACCGACAGCUGGGCCCUGCACGCGUGUGAACUGCAAGGCGACAAGUUUGGUUUUAGCUGUGUCGUAAUGAAGUUGAAACACGGGGGAAGCGGCAUAGGCAUAAUU